GGAGGGAGAGAGAGGAAGAAGAGAGUGCGCGGGUGCGUGGGAGAGACUGCGCGCGCGCUAGCGCUAGUUCUGUGAGGGUUGGGACAAGUACAAACUUCAGUUUGUGUUGCUGAUGGAGUUCGAGUGUUGCCAGGGUGACAGUAAAAGAAAAACUGUCAAGAAAUGCAAAGAAGUAGGUUUGGAGCUAAGUGACAGUCGCUAAGCAACUGGCAUGCUACAAGUCACCAGCUUUUAUUGCCAAGUUUGAACUUAGAAGGGAAGAGGAAGAGACAUCAGAGUUCUCUCCACCAUGUGAGGACACAGCGAGAAGAUGACUGUUUAUAAGCCAGGGAAAGAGCUCUUGUCAGGAACUGAAUCAGCUAGCACCUUGAUCUGGGAAUUCCAACCUCCAGAACUGUACUCUGAACAUGUCUUGGGGAUACCCAGAGGGCCAUGGACCACAGUUUGAGAACUGCUAUGAGGAAACCUAUAGAGAUGAUUACAACAUAGCUUUAGAGAUACAAGAAAUGGCAACACGGGGGGAUGACUCAUUAAAGACCAGCAUGGAAGCAGAGACCUCACAGAGUACUUUUGCAAUGCAGACAAGCAAUGAUGAGGCCUGACCUAAGGUCAGUGGAGUGGAGACCUAAGAAAAGUCCACCAUACAUUUUCUCUCCAAUUCCAUUCCUUGGACAUGCCAUAGCAUUUGGGAAAAGUCCAAUUGAAUUCCUAGAAAAUGCAUAUGAGAAGUAUGGACCUGUAUUUAGCUUUACCAUGGUGGGCAAGACAUUUACUUACCUUCUGGGGAGUGAUGCUGCUGCACUGCUUUUUAAUAGUAAAAAUGAAGACCUGAAUGCAGAAGAUGUCUACAGUCGCCUGACAACACCUGUGUUUGGGAAGGGAGUUGCAUAUGAUGUCCCUAAUCCAGUGUUUUUGGAGCAGAAGAAAAUGUUAAAAAGUGGCCUUAACAUAGCCCACUUUAGACAGCACGUUUCUAUAAUUGAAAAAGAAACAAAGGAAUACUUUCAAAGUUGGGGAGAAAGUGGAGAAAAAAAUUUGUUUGAAGCUCUUUCUGAGCUCAUAAUUUUAACAGCUAGCCAUUGUUUGCAUGGAAAGGAAAUCAGAAGUCAACUCAAUGAGAAAGUGGCACAACUGUAUGCAGAUUUGGAUGGAGGUUUCAGCCAUGCAGCCUGGCUGCUACCAGGUUGGCUCCCUUUGCCGAGUUUCAGACGCAGGGACAGAGCUCAUCGAGAGAUCAAGAAUAUUUUCUAUAAAGCAAUCCAGAAACGCAGACAGUCAGAAGAAAAACUUGAUGACAUUCUUCAAACUUUACUAGAUUCUACUUACAAGGAUGGGCGUCCUCUGACAGAUGAUGAAGUGGCAGGCAUGCUUAUUGGACUGCUCUUGGCAGGGCAGCAUACAUCUUCAACUACGAGUGCCUGGAUGGGCUUCUUUUUGGCCAGAGACAAAACACUUCAAGAAAAAUGCUAUUUAGAACAGAAGACAGUCUGCGGAGAAGAUCUGCCUCCUUUAACUUACGAUCAGCUCAAGGAUCUAAAUGUACUUGAUCGCUGUAUAAAAGAAACAUUAAGACUUCGACCUCCUAUAAUGACUAUGAUGAGAAUGGCCAAAACCCCUCAGACUGUGGCAGGUUAUACCAUUCCUCCAGGACAUCAGGUGUGUGUUUCUCCUACUGUCAAUCAAAGACUUAAAGACUCAUGGGUAGAACGCCUGGACUUUAAUCCUGAUCGCUACUUACAGGACAAUCCAGCAUCAGGAGAGAAGUUUGCCUAUGUGCCAUUUGGAGCUGGGCGUCAUCGUUGUAUUGGGGAGAAUUUUGCUUAUGUUCAAAUCAAGACAAUUUGGUCCACUAUGCUUCGUUUAUAUGAAUUUGAUCUCAUUGAUGGAUAUUUUCCCACUGUGAAUUAUACAACCAUGAUUCACACCCCUGAAAACCCAGUUAUCCGAUACAAACGAAGAUCAAAAUGAAAAAGGCUGCAAGGAACUAAUAUGUGGAACAUCACUGUAAACUGCAAAAAGCAUUUGAAGUGAAUGAAGUUUACGAAACAA